AUGUUUCCAGCGUUCUGCAGGUCUUCAGCCGCUCUACGCGUGAAAUACGGCACGAGCGUGCUGGCUAACUCUAGGCUGGCGUCGACUCUGGUUUUCUUAGAGUCGAGCAAAGAUGGAAAAAUAGCCCAAUCUUCUAUGAGUGCUUUAACAGCUGCUGCACAAUUGGGUUUCCCAAUUGCGGCCCUUUUGGCUGGUUCUUCUGCCAGCAAAGCUGCCGAAGAACUCAAAAAGACUGGAGGGUCAGCACUUUUGCAACAGAUCUAUGUAGCCAACAACGAAGCAUACGAUCACUACUUUGCAGAAAAUGUGACACCUCUGGCUUUGGAACUACUGAAAGAACCUGAAUACACACAUUUCGUAGUGGCGAGCUCUGCAGUAGGGAAGAGCAUCCUUCCCAGAAUGGGAGCUUUGCUAGAUUUCCAGCCGAUCUGCGACAUCACCAAAAUUGUGGACUCUGCCACUUUCGUGCGCCCCAUCUACGCUGGCAACGCUUUGGCCACUGUCAAGUGUUUGCAAGAUAAAAAGCUCAUCAGUAUCAGAGCAUCGUCUUUCCCUGCCGCUGCUGCCAGCGAAGCUACCAACGCCGCCAUUUCAGAGGCACCACAGUCUUCUCAGGUGUCAGAGCUGACAGUCAAGUGGGAAGGAGAAAAUUUGGUGAAAAGUGCCAGACCUGACCUGGGUUCAGCCUCCAAGGUCAUCUCCGGUGGCCGUGGUCUGAAAAACAAAGAGACUUUCGACAACCUUGUCACACCACUUGCGGACUCUCUCGGCGCUGCCAUUGGUGCCACAAGAGCUGCUGUCGAUUCCGGAUUCUGUGACAACUCCUUGCAAAUUGGCCAGACUGGGAAGGUCGUCGCUCCCGAUUUGUACAUAGGACUGGGCAUCUCAGGCGCCAUUCAGCAUUUGGCUGGUAUGAAAGACUCCAAAGUCAUCGUUGCCAUCAACAACGAUCAAGAAGCACCAAUAUUCCAAGUGGCUGACUACGGUUUGGUCGGGGACCUAAAUGAGAUUGUUCCCGAACUAACCGAAAAGUUAAGUCAGAACAAAUAA